CACAACACUUGCUCCCCCCGCUAACUCACUCAUCCCGCACUUCACUCACAAUGACCGUCAUGGACAUUCAGAUCACCCAAAUCAAGCCAGAGCCUCACACGCUCCCCACUCCACCAUACUCCCCUUCUCCCGAGCAGCGCGCCGUCGCUUCCUCAUCCGUCGUCCUCCUCAGCGACCUCCAGUCGUUCUACCAAUCCCGUUCCGUAUGGGUCCACCGCACUCGUGCAGCCCUCGAGCUCGCUCUCGUCUCGCAGGGUAGAGCCGCGCUCCCCGCGCCUAUCCCCGCACUCGCACUCGCUGCUCCCCAACCCCUCCAGCCCACGCCACCCACUUCCGACGAUGAGCACGAGCACGAACACGAACUAUCAGACCCUCGCGUUAAAGCCGAGCCCUCUUCCCCGCCACCGAUCGGCAGAUCAAGCGCACAGUCUCGCUGGCUCCAGCGCAAGAAGAGCUUCAAGCUCAAGCUGGAGGGCAUCCAGCCCUCGCCCCUCGCACGCCGCAAGCGUUCGAGACGCAACCCAAACGCGCCUUCUGCGCACGAGACAAGCACCCGCCUUCUCGACCUUUUCGGGCAGCUCAUGGAGGCACGCAUGGAAAGUUGCAACCGCGUCCAUCGGCUGGUGCAGCAAGCACACCGGCCAGACGCCGUUUACUGCUGA